AUGCGCGCGCACGUCCGAAGCGUCGACGCCGAGGACGGGACGCGGGUCGAACUCUUCGUCGUCGAACCGACGACGACGCGGGACGGCGCGAGGGGUGAUGACGCGACGGAUUGGUUCAUCCUGUUGCACGCGCAUCCUAAAUUGGGUGGUGAUCGAACGAUGAUGACGCCGCUCGCGCGGGCGCUGAGCGCGCGUGGAUACGGUGCGGCGUGUGUCGCCGCUCGAGGCACGUCGGGGUCGUCGGGGAGCUCGUCUUGGCGCGGGAGUGCGUCGGAGGGGAUGGACGCGUGCGCGGCGGUGGAUUGGGCGACGAAGACGGGCGGCGGGGACGGAUCGAAGGUGCGAGCGCACGUCGUCGGGUACUCGUACGGGUCCACGAUCGGGGCGUGGGCGUUGGAUAAACGAGAGGCGAUCGCGUCGUACGUCGCGAUCGGGUAUCCCAGGGGUGGGUCUUGGUGGAACUGCGGAGUUAUGGGCGCCGCGGCGAAGUGGUUGAUGCGGGAUCACUUCGAGGCGCUCCGUGCGAGUUCAAAACCAAAGUUGUUCGUGCAUCCGAGUCGAGAUGAGUUUACGUCGACGGCGACGAUGGAAAGAUUCGUGCGUGAGAAGUUGCAGAGCGGCGGAAAGACGGAGUUGCGCGUGUUGAACGGGCACGGGCACUUCACGGUUACGGAUGACGACGACGCGGUGGCGACCAUCGCGCAGUGGAUCGAAGAGUUCGUUCGACGCGUCGUGGUAGAGGGCGAAGGUGAAGAUUAG